ACUUCUUUUGAGCGAUGGAAAAUAGCAUUGUUGUAAAAAUGUAAAUAAAAGCAGAGACAAGCAGACACAGUAAAAGGCCAACUAUGAACAAAGACAAAUUCAAGAAUUUUAAAAAUCCACAUUCCUUUCCAAUAUAUUAUUUAAAUGUAGCUGAACGUUAAAAAAUAGUAUGAAAGCGGUCCGGGUUUGGUUGUUUUGUGUAGUUGGGUUUCUUGCAAAACUAAACACUGAAGUUUCUGCGAAAAAUUUGGUCGUUGCAACGUAUAACUUAUGGAAUGUUAUGUUUCAGUGGGAUUCAAGAAAAUAUUACAUAGCUGAUAUGGUAAGGAACAGCUUGAUCUGUGUAAAUAUUACUUGAAAGUUUAGUUCUGUACGCAAUCAAAUAUACAAUUUUGAGGUCAGAUAAAAUUAGUACAGUUAAUUUGUUACAAAUUUUCAGUUUGUAAUUGAUACAUUUGGGCAAGAGAAUGUUAGUUAAUUAUUAAAAUCGCAUGGCGGUUAAAUAUUUACUUUGACUAAGAAAGCUUUUUUGUGAAGUGAUGGUAGGAAAAAAUGCCAAAUGCAGUUCGGAAGUUCUAAAAUUAAACUCGGCAAUUAGAAAAUGAUCCCAUUUUGACCCUAUCAAACACCACAGGGUUUCUCUAAGUUUUCUCCCAUAUUCAAUAAGCAUAGGUCACAAUCUCUCUCCUCCGUAGAGCUUUCCUAGCUUUUUAACAAGGCAAAGCUUUGAUAUCAUAACAUUACAGUCUAGUGCCUCUAUCUCUCGCCAAUCGCCUCAUCUGUGUCUUAUAAUAUCAAAGCUUCGCAUUGUUAUAAAAGCCAGGAAAGCUCUGCGGAGGAGAGAGGGUCACAAUGGUUAGUUAGUACAUGUCUUUCACUGGCCUGCAAGCAGGCUCUCCAGGCGGUCUCGUGCCUCUAUAACUCUAUUACCUGCAUGGCUUCUUACAAUACGAAGUUACUACAUACUUUUUCAUUAUAAAUAAAUUUCUAAUUUCACCUUAUAUUGCAUGUGAGUUAAGAAUGGAUGAGUUUCUCCAAAUAUUUUGGUGUUCUCUCCUGUUCCGAACCUAAGGCAAGACGGUUAAUCAAUAAACUGGACAAAACCGAUGUUUUUGAAAACUGAUUCAAUUAAAGCAAAAGAAACACACAAAAAAACAAAGACUUCUGAAAAAAAACUGUUUGAAACUCUGUAAUAUUGAAACAGUUAAAAUGGCAGUAAUUCCACAUAUUUGUGCAAAAUUGCUAAGCAUUGAAGCUAAGCGGAUCACACACGUGAUUAGUUCAACAGCAAGCGGAUGCCUGCAAAGCUUAUUUUGACAAAGUUAUAAUAAUCGUGUUUUUUUAGAUGUUUUUUACCCUGAACCAGCUCGCCCUAUCUGAACCUCAAGGUCCUUACUGCAUCUUGAGGGAAAACAGUUUGGAUGAAACUGAUAGAAGUAUCCAGUUAAAUAUUAACUCAUAAUAAGUUGCAUUGCACCUCAAUACUAUUAUUUUACUCUGUCUAACACCAGAUGAUUUUACCUGUGAAGGGUUUCCCCCUGUAAUAUAAUUGAAAGACAAUGGAUGUUAUGUAAUAUCCAGUUUGAAUAGAGUUAGUCUAAUUUACAAUUACUUUAGAUUUUUCUCUGUAGUAUACCGACCCAUUGAGUGCCAACGCUAUCCUCUUGAUGAGUGAAAUCAUCUGGCAUUAGACAGAGUAAAAUAAUAAAGUAGCCAGGGUGCAUUGCAACUCAAUGGUGCAACUCAAUAGAUUUACCCUAAAUGGGGAGAAUAACUGAAUAGUCACAAAUUAAAACUGUGAUCAGCCACUUAUCGUUGUUGUUCCAUACGAUUGUACACUUAGAUUCAUCAAGCAAAUCCAGAUAUCAUUGGUUUUCAAGAAGCCCGAGCUGAUGCCAACGGCAAGCGGAACCAACUAAAACAACUGCAAACCCUUCUUCCUGAAUACAAAUACCAUGUUUUCCACUCGACAAGAACUGUUGACAAAAACAAAUUUGGCAAAAAUGCCAUCAAGGGCUGGGAGCAGGAGGGAUUAGGAAUACUAAGCAAGUAUUCAAUCGUGAUGUCCCACCAUAUACCGCUCUCGAAAGCUGGGGAAUCCGACGAAAGCCCACGAGUGUUACUGCACAUACAAAUAGAAUACGAACACCAUGAGAUUUUCUUUAUGGUCGUACAUUUCUCAACCAAUAAGAAACUUCAAUGUCAAAAUGCCAUGAGGUUAAUAAAUUUCGUUUCGUCAACCGGUGCUGAUAGGACUGUGAUUGUGGGUGAUUUUAAUACAUACUCGGACUAUGAGUGGCCAGUCGCGGCCGUUCUCAAUGGAUUCUUCUUACCGAAUGGAUGUCCUAAGCCUGUAGGGUUUGAACCGGUCGGUGCCGAGCAAGGUUAUGGUUUUGACGAUUCGUGGCCCAUGACAAAUUUGGAUAAAAAAGGUGGAUUAACAUUUAGUAAUAUGGUAAGUUUAUCGAGAUUCAGAUACUUAGUUACAUUCCACAUAAAUGGUAUCAUGGAAGAUAAAUAG